CUCCCCUUUUGCGGUAAAACCGUGACACACACCUGCCUUUUUCCUCAAGUACACAUACGCGCCCCUUCGCAAAGUCCUCUAGCUGUUCUGCAGACCUCUCAAAUCUCCUCUGGCAGCGACGGCGUUCGGAUAAACCGCCUAUUAUAUCCAUCGCAGGCAGCGGAUCGGUUUUUGCCGGCGAGUUUUUUUAGGUUUUUAAGUCGCUUCCCCCCGUCUGUCCAGUUGCCUCUUGGAAAUCUUUUUCGCCUUUGAGUCGUUUGUCUGGAAGCGGUCUUCUUACACUCCGUCCUCACCACUAUCGGUUUCGCGUUUUCUGAGGCGGAAUCGACGAGGUCACCCGUCGUCUCGCAGAGGUUCUUCCCGUCUCGCCAGUUUGAGGGUUGGCAAUUCCUGCCAGCUCGUGACGCAGAGUUUGGCAAGAAAACCUUCCGCACCGUUCGUCCUUUGCUGCUUCGACGCUCCGUCUGGUUUAGUCACCGCUCCCUUUGACGGUCGCUGCGCCACCACUCGCUUCGCGGGUCUCUUGGUUUUUUCCGUCGGAUUUUGCCGCCCCUGACGCAAAUUCCUGCAUUCUUGGACAGACUGUCCUCUCGCCUCAGUUCACCGAGAGCUGCCGGUUCUCUGGGAAGCCGAAAAGAGGCUUCUGACAAGUUUGACUAGCCUCCGCUUUGCCCCGGUGUCCUCUCACGGUGGCAAGAUGGCGUCCACGCCGCUGCGAGUCUUGAUGACCAUUUACUUCUACCUGGUCGUCUCCGUUUUCUUUCUGCUGGCCUUCCUCACUGAAUUGGCCGAGCUCGUCGUUCUCCUGCCCUUGAUGUUGACGAUCAAAGGCCUCCGCCGCCGCGUUUUGAGCUUCACAUUCCAGGCGUACAUGGAAAUGGCCAUGUUCUGUCUGCCUUUCUGGAGAGUCAAAUUCCUCAACCGCCCGCCCAGGAAUUACCACCCCCGUCGAACCAUCAUCAUGUGCAACCACGCGAGCGGUUGCGAUCCCUGGGUGGUGACUUCUGUCAUCUUUCCAUGGCCAACAGUCUUUGUCAUCAAGCAGUCUCUCUGCCGAGUUCCAAUCGCAGGCUGGUGUCUCUGGCUCGCUGAAUACGUCAGCGUCAGAUUCACCAAGGAACGAGGCGGGUGGGGAACUGCUCCCGGCGCCGUCAAGGACUGCAUGCAGAAAGCCGCCGAGGUGUUGGACUCCGGGAGCGCGUUGGUGGUUUUCCCGGAAGGCACACGGAGCGUCACCGGUCGCCUGCAGCCCUUCAAAGAUGGAUUUUUCCGCCUUGCGGUUGAGCAGCCGGACGUCGAAAUCUUCCCCGUCGGCAUUCAUGGCACUCACAAACUGUGGCCAGUGACCAGCAAGCUGGUCGAUGCGGGGACGGCGUAUGUGAAGUACGGGGAACCCAUCCACGCUCAAGGCAUGACUGUGGAGACUCUGAAGGAGAAGACUCACAACGAGAUCUUCGAAUGCUUGAGAGCCAGCCCCGAGUUCGACGCUCAGAAGGAACAACCUCUGACGCACAUGGCAUCCCACCGAGGCCACGGUCUCUAAGGUUUCCUUUGAUUUCUUGCCAGCUGCAUGCAGUCGACCCCCGACCGGCGUCCGAGGCUGUCUCGCGUCUUCCCCCUUGACAAACAGACGUUUCUCCCUGACGGAAAUCAGCGACUCAGGGCGCACGCCUCUCCAGGAUUUAAAUAUUUAUAUUUAUAUUAAUAUAUAUAUAUAUUAAUACAUAUAUGUAUAUAUAAAUGUAUAUAAAUAUAUAUAUAUUAAACAUAUAUAUAUAUAUAUUAAUAUAUAUAUUAAUAUACAUAUACUUAUAUGUAUAAAUGGCUGUGUUGGAGUUGGUGGAAGAGUUCGGCUUCUCUGUUAUUUGCGGGGUGUUGUGUUUUCCAUUCCUGCGCGGUUUUUCUCUGUCGAUCGUUUGACGCGCGUAUCCAUGCAUGUUUCGUCUUUUUUUGCUCGUGUCUCGUCUUCUCUCUUCGUGACCGCUGAGGCAGCAUCGCAUUCCUGCUGCAGAGGCACCGCAGUCUCGUAGCUCCGACAAAAAAGGACCUGCUCAUCCUCAAGUCUUCUUCG